AUGGUCGGCUCCUACUCCAAAAAGCGCAAGGUCACUGAUGGCAUGAAGGGCAAGACCGCCCGCCCCAAGAAGUUCCGCAAGCAAACCUUCUAUCACAGCAGCUCCGAAGACGAGCAGGAUGAUCAGCAGGACGACUUCAAGGCCGUCAAUCUCGCCGAUUCGGAUGAAGAAGAGGAUGGAGGUGUUUCAGUGACCAAGCGCUCUGUCGUUGAGCCUAAAUUGAAGCCCAAGAAGAGCAAGACUGCGCCUGCGCCUGCGCCGAAACAAAAACCUAGUCCCGAAGCCGAAGACUCCAGCGACGACGACAAUGAAGCGGAUGCAGAUGAGAUGGAUGACGAGGAAGACAACGAUGCCUCCGGCUCCGAAGACGGAGACCUUUCCGAUGAGCCUAUGUCAGAGGCAGGAAGAGACGGACGCCGAUCCGUCCCCAAACGCAACGAUCCCGCCGCAUUCUCGACCUCUAUCUCCAAGAUUUUGUCUACCAAACUCCCAUCAUCCGCCCGAGCCGAUCCUGUCCUUUCGCGAAGCAGAUAUGCUGCUCAGCUCAGCAAUGAACACGCCAAUGAGAAGCUCGACAACGCAGCGCGCGCCAAGAUGCGCGCAGAGAAGAAGGAAGAGCUGGAUCGCGGCCGUGUCCGUGAUGUGUUGGGCAUUGAGAGAGGGUUGACUGGAGACGUCGCCGAGGACGAGAAGCGUCUGCGCAAGAUGGCGCAGCGCGGUGUGGUCAAGCUGUUCAACGCCGUCCGCGCGGCGCAAGUUCGGGGUGAGGAGGCUGCCAAGGGCGAACGCCAGAAGGGAACUGUCGGUAUGGGAGAGCGGGAGAAGGCUAUCAACGAGGUCAGCAAGCAAGGAUUCCUUGAGUUGAUCAAUGGCAAGAAGGGAAAGCCGUUGAACAUCGAAGAGGCUUAA